CCAUGCGGCGCCGCGCUGCAGGACGGGCAGGGCGCAGCGGCAGAGCUCCAGGUAGGUGCGGCCUGGUUGCAUCCUCCGGCCACACUGCACGCCCGGCUGACAGGGGCCCGGCGCAGGGAUGUGCCCAUGUCGCUGCUCCACCUGCCUCUCCCCUAGCGCUGAGCCUGGCCGGCUGCGAUGGGGAGCCUCAGGGGCUGCCCGGGGGCUGCUCUCGCCCCACUGCUGCUGCUCGGCUUCCCGGUGCUCUGCCUGGCAGGGCUGAGGGAGCCGGGCCCCACCAUUGACGGGCGGCCGCUGGCCUCGUGCACGCUGCGGGAGAAGGAGAGGCGAGCCUUCAUCUGCCGGGCCCCACAGGCAGCCCCUGGCUCCGUGCUCACCUGGUACCUCGAUGGCCGGAGACAGGAGGCAAACUGCUCAGCAGCGGGCACAGCCAGCAGCACUCUCACCAUCACUGCCCGGCGCACGGAUCGCGAGCUCAACUGCUCCGUGACUGACCCAGCCUCCAAUGACACUGCCAAUGCAUCCGUCCUCCUCGAUGUGCAGUAUAAGCCAGAGAUCCUGCGUGCAGAUGCCCGCUACGAGGAGGUCGAUGACGCUGGGCUCCUCCUGGUGCUCUUUGUGCUGGUGCAAGCCAACCCGCCUGCUAGCAUCACCUGGGUGGACCAGGAUGGGCGCAUAGUGGCCAAUGCAUCCGAAUUCCUUCUCCUGGACACCAAGCACUACCCCGGACUGGCCAACCACUCUCUCCAUGUGCACCUUGGCAGAGCAGCCACCAAUCUCUCAGUCAGUGCUGCCAACAGCCUGGGCAUCACCACUACCUCCCUCCUGCCUCCAGGUUUGCUGGAUGCCCAUGUGGAGCUGCCCUUCCUGGGCGUUGCUGUGGGCUCAGCCCUGGCCCUGAGUGCCCUGCUUGGCUUGGGCUCCCUUGCUGCCUGCCUGGCGUGCCGCCGAGCCAAGCCAGUACCAGGUAAGAGCCAAGCAGGAGGGAGCCCUGGGGCAGGCACGUGGGCCUGCAGCUCAGCCCCCGCUGGGUCCAGGGCCCCUGGACAUGGCCGCUCCCUGACACCCUCCCUCCCACAGGACUCCCUGGAUCUGCAUCGGUUCCUCCCAGCAGGGCCGAGCACCUGCAGACCCCAAGCACGUGCCUGCCCCGGGAGAACAGGUCCCUGCCGCCUGAUCUGCGACUCGGAGAGCUCACACAGGAGCACAGAGCCACCCCUGGGGAUGUGGAAGCCAAGGGAGGGCAGCGGACCCUGCAGAACACCCUUGUCCUCAGUGAGGGAGUACAGACAGGUUUGGUCCCAUUCCCAAUGGCUGGGCGCAUCUACAAAGUUCCCAGUAUGAGCAGCGAUGAGAUCUGGCUGUGAGAUGCAUCAUGGUGCCAACAGGCUGCUCUUCCCCCAGAGCCUCCCCAGGACCCCAGCAAGCACCCAGCUCCCCCUGUGAUUGGUGCCUGUGCUUCAGGGGGGAAAGAGCAAUACCACAAUCCUUUGAAACCACCCCGUCUGCCUCGCUCGUCUUCUGGAAGUUGCCCGUCUUCUUCAGUGCUCACGGAGGACCCACCAUGCAGACUAGCACUGCUGAGACUGGGCCGGGGAGCAAGUGCCACGGUGGGGAACAGUCCGAGGGUGAGGGCAGUGGGCACAGAAGGGUCCCUGCAGAGCUCAGUCCCAUUGAGCCUGGGAUGUUUGACUUCCCUCAGACCUUUGAGGACUCCUUCAAAUACCAGAUCCUGAAUUUUCUGGCUAUUGGCAGAGACCUGACUUCCAGUGUAAAGUGUUUUGCCUACUGUUGAGGCUUCGUUGCCCAGCAAACCUCAGCCUCAACACGCUAAGUAUCAGGUGCCACCUUGGGACAACAGGCAUGGGCUGGGCGCACUGUCAGCUGGUAGAUGCCACCUGAGGCAGGGGACACUCCCCCUUCCUGGGGGCUGGGCCAGGAAAAGGCACCGAAGAGCAGGACAGCCUGGAAAUGCCAGCUGCACACAGGGUGUUCCUGCCCCGCGGUGCCACUGCUCUGGAAGAAACCUGGCGAUGAGACAGGAGAACCAUGAGGGCUCCCUGUGUGUCACCAGGCCAGGAAAUGCUGCAGCAGGACCUGUCCUCCAGGCUCUGACCCAGGAGGAGCUGAUGUGGCUCCCUGCAAAGGGAAAUGCCUUUGGGAAUGGCAUGUUUUUACAUAACUGUUAUAAUCAAAAUGCAUCAAAGCUUUUUAUAGACAGAUUCUGUCAGGCUGCUAGUGCUGUGAUUCCUCCCCGAGUAACGCCAAGCACUGGCCUUCAUUUAGCAGACUCGCAGCCUGCUUGCUUUACAAACCUGUCCAUCCCUGCUGGAUCGGGGACAGGUGAGGGCAGCCAGCAUGGCAGGGGCUGAGAGGAGUCAUCCCAACAGCAAUAAACUGAACUUAAGUG